AUGCAACGAGCGGGUCUGGCCGGGCUGGGCUCCGUGGCCGUGCUCUGGCUGCUAGCUUUGGCUUCCUUGGUGGGGCUGUGGAGCGGACGGAUCGGGGACCCCAGGACGACCGAGCCGAAGUUCCCGCAGGAGCCGGCCGACUCGCCGUUCGGCGGCAUCCAAGUAGCGCCGGCAGCACCGAGCCGUCCCCUCCAGACAAGUCGCCUCCAAGCCGCCCAGAAAACUUUCCGAGCGCUGCUCACGCUCCCGGGACAGUCGACGGAGCUCCAGGAGGGGCAGGGGGAAAGCGGGCAGGAGCCGCCGCCGCCUCCUCCUUCGGCUCGCCCUCGGCGGGAGAGGCAAGGCGCGAUGGGCGCCGAGGAGCAGUUUCCCUUCUUGCCGGUGCGCGGCGGGGUUUUCUGGAGCCAGACCCUGGAGGCUAAGGUGCCGCCGGGCUUUCCGGCGGAGGAGACCGCCUCGUGGCUGCGGGCGGCCCGGGAGGCGCGCGUCGUGUCGCUCGAGCGCGGCGGCUGCGGUCGCAGCUCCAACCGGCUGGCCCGGUUAUCGGACGGGAGCCGCGCCUGCGUGCGCUACGGCAUCAACCCGGAGCAGAUCCAGGGCGAGGCGCUCUCCUACCACCUGGCCGGGCUGCUGGGCAUUCAGGAGCGGCUGCCGCCUCUGGCGCUCUCCCGGGUGGAAGCCCGCGGCGGGCAGUGGGCGGAAGUGCGCGACGAGCUGCGCGGCUCCCAUUGGGCCGAGGGGGCCGUGGUGAGCCUGGCCCGCUGGGUGGACAAUCUGACCGACGUGGUGGCCCCCGCCCCCUGGCAAGCUGAGGCGGGGGCGCCGGCGGCGGGCCGGAGGCUGCAGCCCCUGGCGGCGGGGGAGCUGAGAGGCCUGAGCCAGGCGCAGCUGGUGGAGCUGGUGCAGUGGAGCGACUUGAUUCUCUUCGACUAUCUCACGGCCAACUUCGACCGGCUGGUCAGCAACCUGUUUAGCCUGCAGUGGGACCCGCGCGUCAUGCACCGGGCCACCAGCAACCUGCACCGGGCCCCCAACGGGGGAUUGGUCUUCCUCGACAACGAGGCCGGCCUGGUGCACGGCUACCGGCUGCUGGCCAUGUGGGACAAAUACAACGAGCCUCUGCUGCGCUCCGUCUGCGUCUUCCGCGAGGCCACCGCCCAGAGAGUGCGGGAGUUGCACCGCCUGCGCAACGCGGCGUCCGAGCUGCUCAGGCUCUACCGGACUCGGGAGCCCCUGGCCGAGAUUCUCGGCUUCCUCUCCGAACAGCAAGCCCAGAUGCUCCAGGAGCGCAUCGACUUUGUCCACAAGCACAUUUUGCACUGCAAAGCCAAGGCCGCCGCUCCGUGA